AAAUGAAAGUGAAACUCUGGAGCAGUCUGUGCUCACAAUGGCAUCUAGUGAACAAACUGUAGAGGUUAUGGAGGAAUUUAUUUGUCCAAUUUGCCUUGAAUUGUUAAAUGUUCCAGUGACACUGGAGUGUGGACAUAAUUUCUGCAGGUCUUGUAUCGACAGAGCUUGGAACAGUGAGAAACAACCUUCCUGUCCUGAGUGCAGAGAGGAUUUCACAGCCAGGAAAUAUGCAGUGAACAGACUGCUAGCAAAUGCAAUUCAGAAGGUGCAAAUACAGUGUCAGAAAGGACAAAGACCAGACCCACAACAGAAAAAAGGAGAUGAGCUCUGUAGAGAACAUGAAGAAAGCCUGAAACUAUUCUGUGAAGAUGAUGAGAGUUUGGCUUGCCUGAUGUGUGUUCCAGAACAUCGUGGUCACAACUUCCUAACAGUGCAGAAAGCAGUUAACAAGUACAAGGACAAUCUGGUAACUUCCUUGUCUCAGUUGCAGUCCAAGCUGAGAGGGUAUAAUGAAAAAAAGUGCCAGCAAGAAAUGAAGAUAUCAGAAGUCACAGCCAGUGCCAGAAGUUUACAAUUGCACAUUACUUCAGAAUUUGCCAAGCUUCAUGAGUUUCUCCAGCAUAAGGAAGAAAAACUGAUUCAACAGCUGAAGGAGGAAGAAAUAGGAAUUGUGAGACAGAUGGAGGAAAACCUGAGUAAACUAAAUGAGACCAUUAAUGCCAUUCAGAAAUCAAUGUCUAAUAUUCAGCUACAGCUGCAGCAACAGGAUGAACUGACUUUUUUAAAGGAAAUCAAGACAUUCCUAGAAAGAUUUUCAAAAGACCAGGCAGAAAGUGAAAGCCAAAGUGUUGUGGUCCACAAUCUGAGUCUAGGGGUAUACAGAGGACCCCUGCAGUAUGAUGUGUGGAAGGAGAUGACGUCCAUCCUUAACCCUAAUGUCUUCAAUCUUUUCUUGGAUCCUGAGACAGCACAUCCUAAUCUCAUUUUGUCUAAGGACCUGACUGUUGUGAGAUGUGGGGACAUUAGACAACAGCUCCCUGACAAUCCUAAGAGGUUUGAUUCCAAUGUCUCUGUGCUGGGAUCACAGGGAUUUACAUUAGGAAAACACUACUGGGAGGUGGUGGUAAGGAACAAGACUGAAUGGGAUGUGGGUGUUGCCAGAGAGUCCAUCAACAGGAAAGGGAGGCUCAGAUUGUCCUCCAAGAAUGGAUACUGGGCUGUGUGUCUGAGGAGUGAAAAUAUAUAUAAGGCAUGUGAAUCACCAUCCAAGCUUCUCAGCCUAAGUGUGAAACCCCAGAGGAUUGGCAUCUACCUGGACUAUGAGGGGGGGCAGGUGUCAUUUUAUAAUGCUGAUAACAUGAACCACAUCUACACCUUCUCUGAUACCUUCACUGAGGGACUCUACCCUUUCUUCUCUCCUGAUCUUGAUGGAGGGCCCCUAAAGCUGUUUCACAUAAAUGUAUAAUUGAAAUUGGAACGCUGUAAUAUGCUGACACAAGUUGUACCAUGGAGUGUAGAUUUAUAAAUUCAUCAGAAAUAAUGAAGAAUGAAAGAAAAAUGUAAACACUUUUAUUGAAUGAUUUUGUUAUUAUGCGUAGAUUGCAAAAAAUAGCAAGUCUGAAGUAAUAAAACUAAGGACAAAGUGCCUUUUCAGGAGAUGCUCCUGUUACACAAGUGUACUGUUUAGGGGUUUAAUAAAGUUUUAUGUUAAUGUAAGCCAAAGGUCUGAAACUGAAUUUAGGAUCUGCACAUUAAAGUUGAUGUGUUCACAUGA